GUGCCGCCGCCGGGGCCCUGGGGGCCUGUCCUCACUGCUGUCCCUGUCCUUUCCAGGACGGCUCUUCUCAGUGAAGGACCUUGCACUCGCUACUGAGUAGCGACCAUGGGCCUGCUCGCCUACCUGAAGACCCAGUUCAUGGUGCACCUCCUCAUCGGGUUCGUCUUCGUGGUGAGUGGGCUGGUCAUCAACUUCGUCCAGCUCUGCACGCUAGUCCUCUGGCCGGUGAACAAGCAGCUUUACCGCCGGCUCAACUGCCGCCUCGCCUACUCGCUGUGGAGCCAGUUGGUCAUGCUGCUGGAGUGGUGGUCCUGUACGGAGUGCACGCUGUUCACUGACCAGGCUACGGUGGACCGUUUCGGCAAGGAGCACGUGGUCAUCAUCCUCAACCACAACUUUGAAAUUGAUUUCCUCUGUGGGUGGACCAUGUGUGAGCGGUUUGGUGUGCUGGGGAGUUCCAAAGUCCUCGCAAAGAGGGAGCUGCUUUACGUGCCCCUCAUCGGCUGGACGUGGUACUUCCUGGAGAUCGUGUUCUGCAAGCGGAAGUGGGAGGAGGACCAGGACACUGUCAUCGAGGGGCUGGAGCGCUUGUCCGACUACCCCGAGUACAUGUGGUUCCUCCUGUACUGUGAGGGCACACGCUUCACAGAGAAGAAGCACCGCGUCAGCAUGGAGGUGGCCAUCUCCAAGGGGCUGCCCGUCCUCAAGUACCACCUGCUGCCCCGUACCAAGGGCUUCACCACGGCGGUCCAGUGCCUCCGAGGGACGGUCGCAGCCGUCUAUGACGUCACGCUGAAUUUCCGUGGAAACAAGAACCCGUCUUUGCUGGGAAUCCUCUAUGGGAAGAAGUAUGAGGCAGACAUGUGUGUGAGGAGAUUUCCUCUGGAAGAGAUCCCACUGGAUGAGAAGGAAGCGGCUCAGUGGCUUCAUAAACUUUACCAGGAGAAGGACGCCUUGCAGGAGAUGUACAACCAGAAGGGCGUGUUUCCGGGGCAGCAGUUCAAACCCCCCCGACGGCCGUGGACGCUCCUGAACUUCCUCUCCUGGGCCACGGUCCUCCUGUCCCCUCUCUUCAGUUGUGUCUUGGGUGUCUUUGCAAGUGGCUCGCCUCUCCUGAUCCUGACGUUCCUGGGGUUCGUCGGGGCAGCUUCCUUUGGAGUCCGCCGACUAAUAGGAGUAACUGAAAUAGAAAAAGGCUCUAGCUACGGAAACCAAGAAUUUAAGAAAAAGGAAUAAUUACUGGCUGUGAUUGCACAUACAUAACCUGACGGUGGUAUCCAAUUAACUCAUUAAAAACAGAACAACACACAGAGAUCGGAACAAAAGACCCUUAGAAACUAUUUUUCGUACUAACUGGUGACUAAUAUUGACCAGUAAACCUUGAGCCAAGAGUGAAGCCGUCGGAGGCCCACAGACGAAGACUCCGGCUGCACCCCUGCAUGGGGGGCGGUGAGAGUCCACCACGGAGCUGGGCGCGGGGGGCGCGUGUGUGCGGGGGUGGGGGGUGGCCACUCCUGGGAUCACGGGUCCCGCCCCGAUGUCAUCUUGAGAGAACUCUGCCUGCCCGAGGGA